GGAGGCCUCCUCUCUCUACCUCAUUAUAUAUAGAGACUAGAGUCAUAGAGAACAACAAGCCUCAUAUUCCCUGUUAUAUGCAAAUCCUUUGUCUAUCUGAAUCUAAUCACUUUCUUUCUCAAGCUUCAGUCUCUUGAUCAAUAUGGCACUUAAGCUGUAUGGCACCCCCAUGUCGACGUGCACUACGCGUGCCAUGAUAUGUUUACAUGAGAAGGAAGUCGAAUUCGAGCUUGUCCCUGUCGAUCUUUACGCCGGAGAACAUAAGCAACCUUCUUACCUCUCCAAAAAUCCAUUUGGUCAGGUUCCCUUGUUGGAAGAUGAUGAUCUAACACUCUUUGAAUCCAGAGCAAUAACAAGGUACGUCAGUGAAAAGUACGAAAAGACGGGGAUCGAUCUACUAAGAAGAGACAAUAUCAAGGAAGCUGCACUGGUGAACCAAUGGGUAGAAAUUGAGUCACAGCACUACAAUCCAGUGAUCUUGCCUAUCAUCUAUGAGAUCUUCGUGAGUCCAAUUACAGGACAAUCACCAGAUAAGACGGUGAUCGAUGCCAAUGUGGAGAAGCUAGGAAAAGUGCUGGACAUUUACGAGGAUCGACUCAGAAACAACAAAUACUUAGCAGGGGAUUUCUAUAGUUUGGCAGAUUUGCAUCACUUGUCUUACACUUACUACAUGAUGAAAACAGAAUGGGCUUCUUUGAUAAAUACUAGGCCUCAUGUUAAGGCAUGGUGGGAAGAUAUUUCUUCAAGACCUGCCUUCGUCAAGGUUGCACAAGGGAUGACUUUUAAUUAAUGCAUAAUAUGUGCAACUCAUGUCGCACUGUUAGAUUUAUUCGAAGAAAAAAAAAUACGAGAUUUUCCUGUCAUAUUAAGUACGUAGGAGAAAAAACUCUGCGAGUUCUGUUUUAGGAUGAAUUAUUGAUAAUGGUGGUGGAUGGUAGGGACUAUAGCUAGCUAGGGAAAACUAGAGUUUGAUAAUGGGGGAGGGAGCAUGCACGUGUGGUACGAAUUUGUUGGUGUGAAGUGAUUGGUUUAUGAUAUGUUUAUUUAUGUGUGUUCUAAUAUCCCCAAGCUAGCUUUCGACAUGGUUCAUACUUUAUA